AGAAGACAAUGCUCUGGAGGGGAGGGUCCUGGAUCCGGACUGCAUAGUAAUAUCUCAUUCAUAAAUGUCAGAACGCUAGACUGCCUAUAGUGGAACAAUGCACUCAGUAAGAAAUUUCUUUUGUGGUCAGUGGAGUUCUUCUGUAAGGCUUGAUGAUAAAACAGUCAUUAUAACAGGAGCGAAUACAGGCAUAGGCAAAGAGACAGCUAGAGACCUUGCAAGAAGAGGGGCUCGAGUCAUCAUGGCCUGUCGAGACUUGGAAAAGGCAGAGGGAGCCAGAAAAGAAUUAAUGGAGGAUUCUGGAAACCAAAGCAUUGUGGCCAAUAAACUUGAUUUAUCAGAUACCAAAUCAGUCAGGGCAUUUGCAGAACUCAUUAACAAAGAAGAAAAGCAAGUCAACAUCCUAAUCAAUAAUGCUGGCAUCAUGAUGUGUCCAUACUCAAAAACUGCAGACGGCUUUGAGAUGCAAUUUGGUGUCAACCAUUUGGGUCAUUUUCUGCUCACUUACCUACUUCUGGACCUUCUAAAGAAAUCUGCCCCUGCCAGGAUCAUCAACGUGGCUUCUGUUGCCCACACAUGGGGCAGCAUCAGUUUGGACGACAUAAACAGCGAGGAAAGCUACUCUCCCAGGAGGGCUUACGGGCAGAGCAAACUAGCAAACAUCCUCUGCACACGUUCAUUGGCCAAAAGACUGCAGGGCACAGGUGUGACAGUGUACUCCCUCCAUCCUGGCGUGGUGCAAUCAGAGCUGUUUAGGAACCUCAGCAAGCCUGUGCAAAUAGCAGUCAAGGUCUUUAGCCCUUUUACCAAGACCACUGUGCAGGGGGCCCAGACAACCAUCUACUGCGCUGUAGAGUCAGAGCUGGAAAAGGGAAGCGGAGGAUACUAUAGUGACUGUGCCCCAGCGAGCUGCUCAAGAGAAGCUUCAGAUGAUGAAAUGGCUCAGAAACUCUGGGAACUCAGCUGUCAGAUGCUUGGCAUCACAUGGGACUGAAAGAGCAUACAGAAAAUCUCUCUCAUCAGUCUUAUGAGAAGAGUGGAAUGAAAGCUUUUGUACUAAUGCCAUAGAUAAUGUAAGCUGUAGUAGUCAUACAAUCAUGACUGAAUCAGCACUAUGUUUUAAAUUGCUUUUACAUACUUUUAUAAUAUCUUUCUUUUUCCCCAUGGCUGAAUUGGUGUAUGCUGUUAUUUCAAUAGACAUUUUUAACUGUGAUGAAGUAAAAUGUAUACUGGUUUGGCAAAUCCUUUUAUCCUAUGUACAGAUUUUGCAUUUAGUUUAUUUUGGUUGUGCCUAGAAGGUAACCAUCCGGAUGCUCAAAAUCUCAUGAGAGUCACAUGUAAUGUUCACAGACUGUGUUUUUAAUCCAUAAUCCUACCCCUAAGUCUAACCCUAAAUCUAACCUUAGUAACAGCAAAUGUGACUCUCCCAAAUGAUCUUAGUCUUGCCCCCAGGGGCGUAGAUUCCAGAAAAAACAAAAAAAAAACAAGCAAGUACACCCCCCCCCCCACAAUAUUUAUACAAUGAUCAAUGGAAACAUGUUUAUUCUUCACACUGUAGAAUGUUCAAGCCAAAUCUAUGCCCCUGCUUGCCCCAAAUGUUUUCAGUGGAACUGAAGUGAGAGUUAUUAACUAAAUUUUGGUUAUUGUUACACAGUAUGUUGCCAUUUCAUAAUGACCUGGUUGUUGACUGGCUAAAAUCUUUCAAAAUAUUUUCUGUCGCCUGUACAGAAUCAGAAUGACUGAUUCGCAAAUGAAUCACUUUUUCAGUUGUUUUUUUUGUUGUUUUUUUUUUGUUUUUUUGUGCUUUUUUGUGAAUUGCUCAAACGGGUAAACAAAAGGCCUCUCGAGUCACUAGGUGUCAUUCAGAUGGCUCCUGCACAAUUUUUUCAAAUCCUAAAAAUGCCCCUGAAUUCUAACCACAGUUAAUGAAGGUCCAUUCAGUAAUUGUUUACUCAUUAAAAAGUUUUACAUCUAAAGAAAUUACUAACAGACUAAUUUUGAAACAUAUGUAUAAAACCAUGAGCACUUACAUGAUAAAAAGUCAUAUUAUUAACCUAAUAAAAUAAAAGCUGUUUUAUUGUACAUGGAGAGGGUCCCCUCAUGGGGGAUGCCAUGUUAGAAUCACAUGACCAGAUGAAUACUACUUACUCUCAGUAACCGCCCUGUUUUUGGUCAAAUUCACUCAUGGAUUAAAUUAAUCAUGACUGAUCUGUGAAAAGGGAUUUUCUACAGUGGCAUCUUUAACUGAAAACUAUUGCGUUUGAAUGAUGCUGCAUCCAUACCUGUCAGUGUGAGUCCAAGAAAGCAUAAACUAAAACUUUCUGAGUGCACCUUUACAAUAUUUGAUAACUUGAGCCAUGAUCUCACAAGAUGCUUUGCUGAUAUCUCCCUGCUAAUACAAGCAAAGAUACAAGUAUUCUAAAGUAAAUCUGGCCUUGUUGCAGU